AUGAAGCGCGUAUCCGCCUUACUCGUCCUUACUCUGCUGGGUAUUGCAAACGCUCACGGCGAGCAUGGCAAGGCGGAGGGGGAGACUAUUCAGCAGUAUGCUCAGCGACAUAUGUCCACGGAGCACCAUAUAGAUACUUUCGAUUUAGGCAGCUUUUUCCACCUUCAUGACCUAAACCGCGACGGCUUCUGGGAUAAGGAGGAGAUCGAGGCCAUCUACGGCGUCCACCAUGUUUACAACAGGAAGAAGUCCAAAGAUGAAGAGGAACAUCAGCGCAAGGCGGAUCAUAUAGUGAACACUGUCCUGGCAGCAGUCGACAAGGAUAAGGACGGCAAAAUCUCGCGAGAAGAAUUCGAGAAAGCAGGCUUGGAUGCUUUACCAAACUUCGAGGAACUGGGCGCGGAGGGUCACCAUUAUGACGUGGAAAGCGAGUUCUUCCUGCAUCACGAAGAAAUCUACCAUAAUACCCCGGAGACUCAAACCGACGAGUCCUACACGCACCCUGAAGACCUGGAACAUUUCGCGCACCACGAGGAGAUAGAACGCAAGGAAGCUGAAAAAGAAGCCGCUUACCAAGGCAUUUCCGUCGAGGAGGCCAUUGCGCAGCAUGAAGAGCACGAAGCCCCUCCGCCUUCGCAACCUGAUUCUCAGGUGCCCCUCGCGGACGAUGUCCCAGCCGGCAAUAUCGCUCCCGCGCCUCCUCAUGAUGACCAGCAGCUUUCCGACCAACCUCUGAAGGAGCCCCCUCUCCCGAAGGUUACGCGUGUCACUCCCCCGGAGAAGAUGGAUCCUGUUGAACGAUACCGAGAGGCGAAAAAGGCCAGCGGCGAACAGGAGGGCUGGGGCCAAGGCAACAGUGGAUAUAAGGCACCCAAAACCCCUACUGAGCGGAUGAGAAAGAACCUUCCUUACAAGGAACGCAUGCAGUACAAAUUCAAGAAGCAAUGGGGCGACUUCUGA